AUGAAUAAAUGCUUACAUUUACAGCAAAUUCAAGAGAAUGAGAGCCAAAACAUGGAAAUGGUUGAGCAGAUUAAGGACCAGUUAAGUGCCCCUGGUCGCUUUGAAUACUUCCUGGAUGCGACUGGUCUGCGUGGUGAGGCGGAUAAGAUAAUGGAUUCGUACCAAAUGGGCUCACCCUGGCCAUAUACAACACAAACUGAUAUACAAGUAAAAAAGGCAACAAUACUGCGUUCAGGAAAUUCGCGAUUCUUUCAUAUGGACUCCCGGCCCAGAGGGCGGGCUAUUGUUUUUGUGACUGUGAAUGGCCUCAAGGAGGAGGUGGACCGAUGGAAGUCUAUCUUUGAACAGUUAGGCUUUGAGUACGACUCGUAUCGGAACGCCACGUGCUCUCAGAUAAGGGAUGUGCUGUUGGGGGUGUCGUGUCAGCGGUUUGACGCCGACGCCCUGUUUAUCAUGUUUAUCGGCGGCCUAUAUAACGGUAAACUCCGCGGGAGUGGCGACCGACCGGACAAUGAGAUGUCGGUCACAGAAAUUGUGGACAUGUUUUGCGAAAGCAAUUGUGUGUCACUUAGAAAUAAACCAAAAAUAUUUGUGUUCAACGCUUGCCGUAUGGGUACGGAUGUGGGAAAGGGUGGCCAACAUAUAGAAAGUGAUAUUCAAAUGGAAAAUUUGCGAAAAAAUAUUAAUAAGCGCACCUAUGUCAUUUAUGCCCUAUCUAAAUCUAUAAAUUCAUGGCUUAGUCACGCGGAAGGAAUGACACUAUUUGGACAGGCAUUCAGUUACACAAUAGCGCAGUACGCUUGCAAUCUACAUCUCACUGAUUUAGUUAACCUGACACGUAAACGACUAGCAUAUGAGCAGGGUGACAGUGAUCCGCAAAUAAUAAUGGUCUCCGUAGACAUAUUGAGACAUAUAUAUCUCAAUCCGGGUCUUUAUAAGAGACAAAUACAUUUCAAUUAAAAAUUUAUAUUAUUAUAUAAUGUAGUGGUGG